AUGAAGCAUGUGCAACGCUUCAAGGCCCGAGUGCUUGGGCGGACGGAGUUGCCUCAUGCCGAGCUGACACCCGAGAACUCAUCCCCCCGUCCAGACGAGUCCUCAAGCAUGGACAGCAAGCCAGAUGAGGCAGGUCUCAUGGAUUUUCCAGUAGACAUUGUUGCGAUUCACGGCCUUAAUGGAAAUGCAAUCUCAACAUGGCGGCACCAACCUGAUGGCACAGUAUGGCUUCGAGACCUCCUUCCCGAUUUCUUGCCUGGAUGUCGGGUCUAUACAUAUGGCUAUCCCUCCAAAAUAUGGUCCCAAUCGUCUGAAAGAAUUCAGGAGUAUGCGCUCAACCUGUUGGUUGCUCUAAGGGAUGUUCGGGAAGAUUUGAAUGCCAGCAAACGAUCCAUCAUAUUCGUGUGCCAUAGUCUUGGCGGAAUUGUCUUCAAGCAGGCGCUUGUCGCUGCUCACGAAAACGACGACUUGUAUGGGGAGCUACUAAAGUCCAUCCGAGGUGUAGUCUUUCUGGCCACUCCACAUAGAGGAAGCGGUACAGCAAAUCUAGCCAGUAUUUGCGGUUCGGUUGUCAAUAGCUUCGCGUCCGCUGGGUUAGGACCGAGAGCAGUGAGGACCGACCUGCUUAAAACUUUAAUAUACGACUCGGAUGCGCUUCAAGACCUGACCAUGUCAGCGCGCAACCGUCUAGGUAAUAUUCACGUAGUUUCGUUCUACGAAACUUUGCCUUUGUCAAGGGGCCCGUUGUCCUCCUCCCUGGUUGUUAGCCCUGCUUCUGCUGUGCUGGGAAUUCCAUACGAAGAAGUUAUUCCCAUGCCAGAAGACCACAGAACUAUUUGUCGUUUUCCCGGAGAGACAGAAAGCUACCUGAAAGUGGCGAGAGCUCUUCGAAGGAUUGCCACCAAGUCCUCGAAUAGCGGCCCAACACUCAAGCGCACCAGCACGCACUCGUCCAACAUCGUCCUUAGUACUUUGGAAAGAACCUGCAUGUCGCUUCUUAGUGAUAACGAUGCCGCAAAAGGUGUCGAGCCGCCCCCGAAACCAGUCCCUGGCACAUGCCAGUGGAUUCGCAGUCACAGUUUGUUCGUCUCUUGGCUCGAAGCCGGUACCGAUGCUCUCCUGUGGCUUACAGGUCAUCCUGGCUGCGGUAAAACCAUGCUGUCCUACUCACUGGCCCAAUACUUCGAUGAUGCUCGCAACAAGUCUCGGAAUGUCCUCAUCUAUCUUUGCCAGAACAAGAACAAGCAGACAGACGCGAGAGCGGUACUUAUUGGUCUUAUACUCCAGAUCGCCGACCGCCAUCGCUCGCUGGUGAGAUAUAUUCGUUCAGCGUUCGAAAAAGAAGGAUCAAGCAUUAUCCAAUCCUUCGCCUCUCUCUGGCGUAUUUUUGUCAGAAUCGCAAAGGAUCCCAAAUCCGGACCGCUCUAUGUUAUCGUGGACGCGCUCGACGAGUGUGAGAGAACAUCGUGUCAUCAAUUGCUUGUCUCGAUAUCUGAUAUGCUCACUGACUCUUCUCAAUCGAUGAAGAGUGAUAGCAGUGUCAAGUUCCUCAUCACAAGCCGACCAUUUCUUCACCAAUCCUAUGCUAACAGCCAAAAAGUACUUCAAUCUCGAAUAUCAAUUGACGAUGACCAAACUGGUUACACUGAAGACCUUCAGACUUUCAUUCAAGAGCGAAUUCAUGAAAUUUCUCUCAACAGGCAAUUCUCAAACGACAUCAGGGACUUUUUAUAUGAAGCGAUAAUGUCCAAAGCCGAUCGGACUUUUCUGUGGAUUCACCUGGUCCUCGCAUCAAUCGAGAAGAGCAUACUCACUUCAAGGAAAGAAUUCCAGAAGAUCAUAGCCAGCAUCCCAGAAGGCCUGGCUGAAAUAUAUCAUCGCUAUCUGUCUGCCAUACCCUUGGAUCAUCAGGAGGACGCUUCAAAACUACUGAAGUUACUUUUGGCAUGCUCCAGGCCCCUCUCCUUAGACGAACUCAACAUCGCAUUUACUAUGGAGUCGUCAUACACUACGACUGAAGAGAUCAUGCAAAACUCUCAUAACUCGAUUGCACACACUGUUCAGGGUAUCCUGGGGUCUUUGGUAAGGGUCACAGGGCAACAAGUAUCCCUGGUUCACCAGACGGUGAAGGACUAUCUUCAAGAUCGAGAUAACGCUAGCAUUGACAGCCCUCCUGCGAUACGCAUGGUCAAUCCGCAAGGCUCCGCUCUACAGCUGGCUACUGUAUGCAUUCAAUACCUUCUUCUUGAUGAUUUCACAGUCGACCUGUUUCCAACAAAUGACCCAUCUACCAUUGCAGAAGAAACAGAUUUCUUUAGCGAGCUACCUCUGGGCGGCUUUGAAGGCGAUUUCUGGGACCAGGAAGAUCACGACCUGGACCCUGAUACGUUGUUUCACGACCCUGGUAUCCUGAAUUCUAAGAUGUGUGAUUCAAUGACCUUGGACUAUCCCUUUUACACGUAUGCAUCAUUGCAUUGGGCUGAACACUUCGCCAUAUGCGAAGAAGAUGCACCAGAAGAGCUUACAGAUUUUGCGAGGUCUCUGCUAGACCCCGACACAGCAAAUUGCCGUAACUGGUUAAGCUUCUAUCAUACAAGAGCUUCAACACCACUAGAUGACGGCAUCACGGACCAAAAUCCAAUCACCCUAGCGUCACAGUUUAACUCAAUCACUGCCCUAAAUAGUCUGCUUCUCGGUAGUCAGCCUUCUCAAGUCAUCAAAAAUCAGAGCCUUUACUGGGCGUCUCGACUUGGCCAUGACCGCAUCGUUACUGCUCUUCUACAAUCAGGCGCUGAACCUGAUGCGCAGCAGCUGGAUGGGCAAACAGCACUCACUGUUGCAUCUGAGCACGGUAAUCAAUCCUGCAUCACCGCUUUGCUAGCAGACAGCCGGACCAAUGUGAAUGCUCCAGGCAGAAAUGGACGGACUGCACUCUCGUUUGCCUGUAGAGGUGGACAUGACGAGAUCGUCAAGGAAUUACUGAAACAGAAAGCUUGCAAUCCCGACGAACCGGAUAAUACAGGAGCAACCCCAUUCAUCUGGGCCGUAGGGGGAGGUCAUCGCUCAACCAUUUCCAACCUGGCAAGGCUUCGCAAUGUUAACAUCAACCACCAGGACAAGACAGGACGUACAGCAGUUUCAUGGGCUUCUGGGGACGGCAUGGCCGACACUGUCAUACGACUACUAAAGCUUCCACGCAUCGACAUAAAUUCCAAAGACAACAAAGGGAGGUCGCCUCUCUCAUGGGCAGCAGGAAAUGGCUGUACGGAUGUAGUUGAAAUACUCCUCGCAAACCCAAGAAUCGACAAGAUGAGCAUGGAUAACGACAAGAGAAAUGCGAUAUCAUGGGCCAGUACACAAGGGCAUUGUCAGGUUCUCGUCAAGCUUCUGAAAGCAGGCUGCCCAGGAGUCGAUGCCGAAGAUAUCGAUGGAUGGACGCCUCUAGCAUGGGCUAUCCAAACUGACUCACCCGAAACAGUCCACGCUCUUGUCAGUAACGAAAACGUCCUGAUUGAACGACGCGACAGAGGCGGAAGGACUGCUUUGUCAUGGGCUGUAGAGUAUGGGCAUAUCGAGGUCGUCAAAGUACUUCUGAGAGCUGGUGCUGACACUAUGACACAAACUGGGAGUGGCAGAACCCCAGUGAUGAUAGCUAAGGACUUUGGCAGGGAUGACAUGGUAAAAGAACUCGAGGCGUACGGGCCAUAG